AGUCUGAAGUCCCUGUGUGUACACAGCUGCUGGAUCAGCUUAUAGGGUAAGUGGGGCUGCCCUGGGUUUGGAGUGCUUCCACCUACUGGCCAGAGGCAGCACUCGCUGCCAGCCCAGUCUCGAGACAGAGCUGGCUGACAGCCCCAUUCAGUGAACACAGAUGAUGCUUCCUAUACAGCAGCACCAUCUUCUCCCUCACCAGUCAGUCCUCAAGGGCCCUGCAGGAUGAAAUCAUGUCAGCUCCUGCAUUAACUCAAUCAGGCAUGAUGGAAAAUGAAUGGUGGAAGUUGAUAUCACAUGUGAAUGCUAUUCAUUCUUAAAAUGUUUUGAGGUGGUGGAAUAUUGAUCCCCUCCAAACCUUACCUUUGCAAUUCACAAGGUGGCGCUUCACGUUAUACUAUCGUGAUCCGACUCGAGCUGUGUCCGUGGUGCUGAAAUCACACUGUAUUCUGCAAAUACACAGCCGACGUUCAACAUGUAUUCUCCACGUGGUGAUGGUGUUUCGUUGUUGCCACGUAAAUAAAUAGUCUGCGCCGUGUAAUUUCAUUUUCAAAUUGCCUAAAGUAGGCUAAGGGUAUUAAUCUGCUACUGAUUUAUCAUUAUCAAGCCUGAAGUCGUUCAAACCGAAGAAAUGGAAAAGGAGCGAAAAUCCUUCAAACAAUAUGGGUCUUUGGAACGAACCAAAUUUGAUCGACAAGCCGAUAAGAAGGAGGAAGACAUUGUCUCAAUGGCGGACUCCACCAUCACAAUAGAUCACAUUGAAGGGGAGCUUUUCAGAAUCGAGCGGAUACGUGAUGUUCUAGUACGGAGGGAAUCAGAACUAAGAUACAUGAUGGACGACAUUCAGCUUUGCAAGGAAAUCACACGGCUGAAAAAAGAACUUCAGAAGCUGGUGUCUGUUUCAGACACAGACAAAUCCAACGAGGACCGGCAGAGGGAGGAGGAGCUGCUGCAGCAGAUCCACAAGCUGGUGGAGACCAGGGACUUCCUGGUGGAUGACGUGGAGUUUGAGAGGCUCAGGGAGAGAGAGGAGGACAAAGAAAUGGCUGAUUUCUUGCAGUCUAAAUUCCCCAAGACCUUGAAGAAAAAAGACGUCACAGAGGACCGAAGGAUGACCUCCAAAGCCCAGCAGACUUCGUCCACUCCCUUCGUCACCAAAACCGGUCUCACCCUUCUGAAGGAGUGCUGCGGCUUCACAUGCUCUGUCAUGUAGACUCCUGCCCUGUGGAGAGACGGAGACACUUUGUUGGUUUCUGGAUGGGGUUAUUUGUGUUGAGCAGGCACACAGAGCUCUCAUACUUCGACUAUAACCCUAAACAUAUGUACAGUGACGGUUGGGACUGUGUUCCCAUCAAUGAAUCUAUUGCUCCAAUUUAGUGCAUUUUGAGAAGUGGAACUUGGUAAAAAAAAACGACUUUAGAUUUCAAAAUUUUUUGCAUUCUGUCAUAAAGAGCACAUGUACAACUUCAUAUUGAAAUGAGAGUUCAGUUCACGUAACAGGGUUGACCUUAAAAUGAGGGACAGACGUAAAUUAAUCACUAAUAAAUAACAAUCUUCAGAAAUGACUUUGUCAAAACAACAAAAUAACUAGGGCUUUACAAUGAUGGUGAAUUUUGGGGGUUGUGUUUUUAUUUUUAUUUUUUUAAUUUAAACUUUAUUUAACUAGGCAAGUCAGUUAAGAACAAAUUCUUAUUUACAAUGAUGGCCUAUGAACAGUGAAUUAACUGCCUUGUUCAGGGGCAGAGUGACAGCUUUUUAACUUGUCAAUUCUGGGGUUCGAUCUAGCAACCGUUAUUGGCCCAACGCUCUAACCACUAGGCUACCUGCCGCCUCAUGAAAAUCUUCAAAGAAGUCACAGAUUGUGCACGGAGGGACCUGUCAAAGUGCAGAUUUUUUGCACUUUACUAAGUCUUUAUUUAUAUAAAAAAUCUUAAUUUUGGAAUUUUGUCUAUCACAUGGCACUUCAUUUGAUAUAACAGGCUUUUAAAAUUCAACAUUGGUGAACAAUUUCUACUUAUAAUUUGAAAGGGAUGCAAAAGGCACUCUUUUCGUGGAACGACCCUGCUGAUCAUUUCCUGAUAAAGUAUAUAGCCUAUUUGACUCAGCCAAGUCCAUUAAUCAACACAAAUCUUCUUCAUCACCAUGGUCAAUAUAAGUAUUCUAGUGUGUAACCAAGUUUCAAUUAACAGAGGUACUAUCCUUUGGACAGAGUGAAAAUGACAACAGAACGUUUCCAUUCUGAUGCAUUCUUUUGUAGCAAAUUUGGGUCAGCUUCGGGAAAUUACUAUCUAAAACAUUCAGCUCUCUUCUAUAGGGCCACCCUUGGAUGGUUGGUGUAUAUUUGCGGAUGUACAAAUAAGGAAUAUUUGCGGAUGUACAAAUAAGGAAGGCUGUCCGUAAAACCUGUAGUUUGAUUUGAAACGGUGAGUGACUCCGUUUAAAAGCUCUGCAGCGGGAGAGUCAUUGAGUACCAGGUUAAUAGCAAUUAUCUUAUUCAAAUGGACCCUGUCCAAUUAAAGUAAUUAGACAUUUAUGUGUUGCUAUGACUGCAAUUAUCCCUCUUCAAUGCAUUAGAGCUUGACACUUCAUUCCCAUGGGCAUUGUCUACACAGCUAUGACUAGCAAACCUCACUCUGUCUCUUGGUGACAUUUUACAUGGUCACGGCUAACUAUGGCACUGCUUAACCUUGCUAAAGGCCACUGCUUGCUUGGCUUCCAUGCCAGGUGAAAAAAGAGCUAAAAUAGAUCCUCCUCUCUGUCAUUUGGCUCCUUGGUAUCUCCCCUCUGGAAUAGCUGCUUUACUGUGGUAGCUACCCUGUCAUUAUCUGUGUCUGAUUCCUGGAAAGUCACCAGAAUUACAUUCAGCUCUCUGCUUUCACAAUUCUAAUAUUGUUUCAAUUUCAGUUUCAAAUGCCAUGUUUUGCUUUUUUUGUUCCCCAUUACCUUCUAUUACGCUGAUUGGUCUGACAGGAAUUGCUGUUGCCAAUUUGCGAUACUUGUAAUUCUUUGUGACAGUAGAGGUAAAUGUGUGAUAGUGAAAACCAUGUACUGUGAACGUGGCUUUGACAAAUAUCUCAGAGUAUCAAGGACAACUUUCCAAGCAUAAUGGAGAUCAGAACUUCUCCCCUUUGAAUGAGAUAAUAUGCCUUUAAAUCAACUGUCUGCUGCUUAUUCUAUUACAAAACACUCUUUAACCUGACAUCUAUCAAUGAGCACAGUCUGCUCAAUGUAACAGCUCAUUCACAAUGCUCUGUAUGUUUAUGUUUCAUUCUCUACAAUGGUUUAAUCCAAACUGACUGGUAGUAGCACAUUAUCUGGGUGGAAAACUGAACAUGUAUUUUCACAUUUAUGAUCCUGGGAGUUGAUUGAUCCUGGGAGUUGAUUGUAUUAGGCUACUUGUUAUUAUGUUUUGUGGCUUAGAAUGUCAGAACUUCUGGUUGUAAAUAUUGUAUCGGUUUAGCGUGCUUGUCUAAUUAAAGAGUUGUAAUGUAGGUUUAUUCUCCAUUAUUAAACCAUUAUUAUUAAAUAAC